UUUGUGUGGUCGUCUUCCAAGAUUGCAAAAGCUUGGACUUAAUUUCAAUAUGUUAAGUGGAGAGAUCCCAAGACGUAUAUCGGAGUGCUCCCAACUUCAAGUCUUACUGUUGAUGGAAAAUAACUUGAUUGGAACAAUUCCAGGAGAACUUGGGAAAUUACAACUGCUGCAACAAUUAGCUCUCGGAAAUAACAAGUUAGAAGGCACAAUUCCCAAUGAGAUUGGUCGUCUUCAUAACUUGAAGCAAUUGGGAUUGGAACAAAAUGCAAUAACAGGCUCAAUCCCAUUAAGCAUAUUCAAUAUUUCAUCACUUCAAGUUUUAUCAAUGUGGGACAACAAGCUUGAAGGAACUCUACCAAGAGAGGUUGGAAAUUUGACUACGGUUAACAUACUUGAUCUUGGAAUGAAUAGCCUGACGGGCGUACUUCCAGAUGAAAUCGGUAACCUUCAAGAGUUGCUGAUGCUGAAGUUGGAUUUCAAUAACUUUAGUGGGUCGAUCCCUAUUGGUAUAUUUAAUAUCUCAACUCUUGUAUCUAUUACACUCACACAAAACCGCAUUUCAGGUAAUCUUCCUAACACUAUAGGCAGCGGGUCACCCAAUCUUGAACGAAUUUUUCUAGGUGCAAAUAACAUUGAUGGUCUUUUACCUAGUUCCAUCUCAAAUUUGUCUAAGCUUACUGUUCUCGAACUUAGUGCGAAUGAACUCACAGGUUCAAUUCCUGACUUUCUAGGAAACUUAAGACUUGUUGAAAUCCUCAACUUGCAAGGUAACUCCUUCACUAGUGACUCUUCAAUGUUGAGUUUUAUUACUCCUUUGGCCAAUUGUAAAUACUUAAGAGAACUGAUAGUGUCUAUCAAUCCCCUAAAUGCAAUACUUCCAAAAUCCAUAGGGAAUCUUUCGUCUCUUCAAACGUUUGAGGCAAUAGGUUGUAAUCUCAAAGGCCAUAUUCCAAAUGAAAUUGGAAAUUUGAGAAAUUUAUCUUAUUUGAAGCUGGAUAAAAAUGACUUCACUGGAAUUGUCCCGACGACAAUAAGUUCUUUGGAAAAACUUCAACAGUUUUCACUUGGUGCAAACAGAAUUAGUGGUCCUUUCCCAAUUGUUUUAUGUGAGCUACCCAACUUGGGCAUGCUAAACCUUUCACAAAACCAAAUGUGGGGAAGUAUUCCUAGUUGCUUAGGGGAUGUGACUUCUCUAAGGGAGAUUUAUCUUGAUUCCAAUAAAUUCACUGCUAGCAUACCUUCAAGUCUAUGGAACCUCAAAGACAUUUUGAAGCUGAACUUGUCUUCUAAUUUCUUCAAUGGCUCUCUACCAUUAGAAGUUGGAAACCUCAAGGCUGCAAUACUUCUGGAUCUUUCAAGGAACCAAAUCUCAGGCAACAUUCCUAGUACAUUGGGAGGUUUGCAGAAAUUGAUUCAGCUAUCUUUGGCUCAUAACAGAAUUGAAGGAUCUAUUCCUGAGACAUUUGGGGAACUCAUAAGUUUGGAAGAAUUGGAUCUUUCAAAUAACAAUAUUUCUGGUGUGAUUCCAAAGUCAUUAGAGACACUCAAACAACUACAUUCCUUUAAUGUCUCAUUCAACAGGUUACAUGGGGAAAUUCCGAGUGGCGGACCAUUUCUUAAUCUCCCUUACCAGUCUUUCUUGUCGAAUGAAGGAUUGUGUGGUAAUCCUCAAAAGCAUGUCCCAGCUUGUCGUUCAAAUUCAAAGAAUCAUUCUAAUUCAAAGAAAAGAAGAAUGAUAUGGAUUGUAGUUGUCUCUUCAGUUAUAUCUAUAAUAGGGUUUGCUUCAGCAAUAAUUUUCGUGUUGAUGCGACAUCGGGGUAAAGUAAUCAAAGGUGAAGAUGAGUGGUCACCUGAGGUAGCACCACAGAGAUUCUCUUACUAUGAACUUCAAAGAGCAACUCGGGGGUUUGAUGGAAACAACUUGCUAGGUAGUGGAAGUUUUGGUUCUGUUUUUAAAGGGGCGUUGGCAGAUGGGAUGAUACUAGCUGUCAAAGUUUUUAAUGUGCAGAUGGAAGGUACAUUUCAAACCUUUGAUAGAGAAUGUGAAAUCUUGAGGAAUCUUCGUCACAGAAAUCUCACAAAGAUCAUUAGCAGCUGUUGUAACUUGGAUUUUAAAGCAUUGGUACUUGAGUACAUGCCAAAUGGGAGCUUAGACAAGUUGCUAUAUUCUCGAGAUUAUUCUCUAAGUAUAAUGCAACGAUUGAAUAUCAUGGUCGAUGUUGCAUCUGCUCUGGAAUAUCUCCAUCAUGGUUACUCUGUACCUGUUAUUCAUUGUGAUCUGAAGCCUAGCAACGUCUUACUUGACAAAGACAUGGUGGGACACCUAGCUGACUUUGGCAUAGCAAAACUUCUAACAAAAGAGGAAUCUAUUGCUCACACUACAACCUUUGCCACAAUUGGUUACAUUGCUCCAGAAUAUGGAUUGGAAGGCCUUAUAUCCAAGAGGUCUGAUGUUUAUAGUUAUGGUAUCAUGUUGCUGGAAACUUUUACAAAGAAGAAACCGAAUGAUGAAAUGUUCACGAGCGAUUUGGAUUUGAAAAGCUGGGUACAUAGUUCACUUCCUGAUAAGCUGGAUGAAAUCAUAGAUGCCGACUUACUAACACUAGAUGAACAAAAGCUAAAUGAAAAGUUACAGUAUGUGUCAUCUAUCAUGGAGUUAGCCAUGAAUUGCACAGCUAAAUCUCCGGUUGAAAGGAUGAACAUGACUGAUGUUGUAGCAGCAUUGGAAAAGAUCAAGCAGCAGCUUUCUUCAUGUUACUGAUUGAAUGGCUUAAUGACAUGACAUCAGGUACUUUUUCCAUAUCACUUUUGGGAGGCAAAAAGGAAAGU